AUGGGAUUUGAACCCGGGAAACAAAAUGAGUAUGUUGUAUAUCAUUGUUGCAUUCGUCUUCUUUGCUUCUAUAUUCAUUGCAAAGAACACAAGAAUGACAAAGAGAAAUCUACCUCCUGGACCACCAAAACUUCCUAUAAUUGGAAACUUGCACCAGUUGGGAUCAAAACCUCACCGUCCAUGUUCAAAUUAUCCGAAAAAUAUGGAUCUCUAAUCUCCCUCAAGUUCGGAAAUGUGUAUGCCGUUGUGGAGUCAACUCCAGAGACAGUAAAAGAGUUCUUGAAAACGUUCAACGUUGAUUGUUGUUCACGACCUUAUAUGACUUACGUUGCAAGGCUUACAUACAAUCGCAAAGAUCUCGCCUUUUCUCUGUAUAGAAAAUAUUGGAGGGAACUGCGAAAGAUGACUGUUGUCGAACUCUACACUGCGAAAAUGGUUAACUUCAACCUCAAGCUUAUGAAAUUGUCAGCAAAUGUGAUUUGUAGACUUGGAUUUGGGAUAACUCUUGAAGGGAGUAACCUUGAGAAUACUUAUGACAAAGUCAUUCAAGGGAUUAUGGAGGUUGGCGGGAGUUUCGCAGCAGCUGAUUUCUUCCCAAUUUUUGGUGGGUUAAUCGAUAGGCUCACUGGGUUACAUAGCAAAUGUGAGAAGGUUUUUAAAGCAGUGGAUACGUUUUUUGAUCAAGCUAUACAACAACAUUUGCAUGAUGAGGGUACUAAAGAUGAUAUCAUUCACUUGCUCCUCAAAAUGGAAAGGGGAGUGACUGGACUUGGAGAGUUUCAACUUAAUCGAAACCACACUAAAGGAAUUCUUCGGAAUAUUCUUUCCGGUGGAAUAGACACUUCUGCUCACACUGCAACAUGGGUUAUGACACAUUUAAUUACAAACCCAAGAGUUAUGAAAAAAGUGGAAGCCGAGAUGAGAGAAGUGAUCAAACACAAAGACAAUAUCACAGAAGAAGAUAUAGAGAAACUGGCGUAUCUCAAAAUGGUGAUCAAAGUAUACAACUUCUACAACAUAUUAAUUCUAAUUCUUUAUCAUCUGCUAUACCAAUUGAGACCUAAAACCCUCAAAGUCAAAAGCUUUGAAAAGGUAUUCUGGUUGAAAGGUUUGGGAUUCCUUAUUCCUAUCUCUUUCCGUCAUUUGUUUUUCUUCUAUUUGGGUUGA